UUCACUAGCUGUGUGUGUAUGUGUGUGUGUGUGUGUGUGUGUGUUGUUCGUUCGGUAUUAUUUCGGUGAAUAUCCCAAUUGAUCCCACCUCUGUCCUUUGUAAUCUCACUUACACCGACAAUCAUGAGGAAGAACAUGAAUACUCGUAUCACCGGGACGAACGUCAUCCUGGUGCCGUAUCAGGAGAAGCAUGUCGCAAAGUAUCACGAGUGGAUGAAAUGUCCGACACUGCGGUAUCUGACAGGCUCAGAACCUCUCACUUUGGAGGAGGAGUUUGAAAUGCAAAGACGCUGGCUCGAGGACCAAGACAAAUGCACUUUUAUUAUCCUGGAUAAACGUCUCUUUCACUCCACUGGAAGCGAAGUAGAUGCUAUGAUAGGAGACACAAAUUUGUUCUUUAAUAAUCCAGAAGAGCCACACGUCGCUGAAGUAGAAAUUAUGAUAGCAGACACCGCUAGACAAGGCAGAAAGCGAGGAUGGGAGUCUGUUAUUCUCAUGAUGCGAUAUGGUAUUGAAACACUGGGCAUCAGCGAGUUUCGUGCAAAGAUCAAACUAGACAAUGUAUUGAGCAUAAAGAUGUUUGAGAAACUGGGUUUUCACGAGCCAACGACGCAAAUGGUCGUCAAAGAGUCUGAAACUCUGGUCGACACCAAGGGGCCGAUAUUGAUGCGGAUACAGAAAAUUUGCAAGAUUUUGGACCUUGUAGACGAGAAGAAAGAUACUGCGACGCGAUCGACAAGAGAUUACAAUUGGCCACAGUUGAAGAGAUACGCCGUUUACGGUUGCUUCUUAGCAGGGCCUGUGCUACACGGAUGGUACAAGUGGCUCGACACAUAUUACAGCGGUAAAUCCACGAGAAUCGUCUUGAAGAAGCUCUUUGCGGAUCAGUUUAUCUUUACACCGCCGUUACUCGUCCUGUUCUUCACCAGUAUGAGUCUGAUGGAAGCUAAAUCGGACAUUUUUCGAGAAUGCCAAAUAAAGUUUCCACACACCUUUCAGACCUCCUGUGGAUUUUGGCUGCCGGUGCAACUCGUGAAUUUUCUGCUAGUCCCCGCAUCUUUGCGAGUGACUUAUGUCGGCGUUGCCGGCUUCUGCUGGGUCAAUAUCUUGUGUUAUUUAAAGAAUGCGCCAGUCGUCGAACACAUCGAAGAUAAGGGUGAACAAUAAAGUUUCACAUUACGAAUAUAUAUAUAUAU